CAUCUGGCACGUCCGGUGCCUGGAGUGCUCCGUGUGCCGCACCUCGCUGCGCCAGCAGCACAGCUGCUACAUCAAGAACAAGGAGAUCUUCUGCAAGAUGGACUACUUCAGCCGGUUCGGUACGAAGUGUGCCCGCUGUGGCAGGCAGAUCUACGCCAGCGACUGGGUGCGGCGAGCGCGGGGCAAUGCCUACCACCUCGCCUGCUUCGCCUGCUUCUCCUGCAAGCGGCAGCUCUCCACCGGCGAGGAGUUCGGCCUGGUGGAGGAGAAGGUGCUGUGCCGGAUCCACUACGACACCAUGAUAGAGAACCUCAAGAGAGCGGCAGAGAACGGCAAUGGGAUCACGCUGGAGGGGGCUGUGCCCUCGGAGCAGGACAGCCAGCCCAAGCCAGCCAAGAGAGCCCGCACCUCCUUCACCGCCGAGCAGCUGCAGGUCAUGCAGGCACAGUUUGCUCAGGACAACAACCCCGACGCACAGACGCUGCAGAAGCUGGCGGACAUGACGGGGCUGAGUCGGAGGGUCAUUCAGGUUUGGUUUCAAAACUGCAGAGCCCGCCAUAAAAAACACACCCCCCAGCACACGGUGCCGCCCUCGGGAGCGCCCCCGUCCCGCAUCCCCUCCUCGCUCUCCGACGACAUCCACUACUCGCCCUUCAGCAGCCCCGAGCGGGCCCGGAUGGUGACGCUGCACGGAUACAUAGAAAGUCAGGUACAGUGUGGACAAGUGCACUGUAGACUUCCCUACACUGCUCCACCAGUGCACCUCAAAGCAGACAUGGAAGGACCACUAUCUAAUAGGGGUCAUCCUCUUUCAGUACUGACUGCCCGGACUCUUCCUCACCUGCCCAUGGCCCUACCAGCACCACUGCCCCUCAGCCGCUGACACGGCGUCCAGCCCACGGCAACUGGAGUCAGUCCCAGAGGAGAAGCUCAGAUCCAGCGCUCCCAAUUCUUCCCAUUGACCAGCACCUCACGCCCGCUCCGGUUUCUCCAGCGACACUCUGUGUAUGUGUGUGUUGAGUGCAGAGUUACAUUUGACACUUGUUUCUUGUGGACUUGUAGAAUGACCGUGAGUCUCUCCGAGGCAGUGCCAGACACAGUCAAAACUAGUGACUCUACUGUGCUUGCAAAUCUUGCUCCCAAACCCAUGGGAAUACGAACAACCCAGGACACGCUGAGUCUCAGGGGGGUCGGUGAUCACCCCUGAACGUAAAGGAAGGAGGAAUUUACGUGGUUUGGCCUGAUUCUCUUUUUGCACCAGUGAAGCGGUUCCCGGACAUCCCUCCUUAUUUCCACUUGCAUGUGUGACAUCUGAAAUGGGCUUUUUGGCUCAGCAACUCGAUACAUAGACAGACCUUCCUGAGCCAAACUCGCAGGUAGCCGAGACUCCACUAAGUGGAAAACAUGAUGCCAGCUGGAAAUAGGCAGUUUUUCUUCCUCCUCAAAGUGCUUUAGAAUCACAUGUCCUUUGAUCACUCAAAGUCAUAUCGGAUCACAAAUGGGUGAUUUCAGAGUGUACCUACACAAAACUCUCUCAGACUCUCCAUGCUCUGGGACUGGGAAAUGCUCAAUGGAAGGUGACCAUAAAGGUGUAGAAACGUUCUGCCCUGCUGUGGACCCAAGUUCAAUCAGUGGAAACAGUCAGGUAGAAACUGGAGACCAGUUAAAAAGGUGAAGACCACAGCGAGGCCAGGAGGAACAGUCACUAGCCGAGUGGUCAGCAAGGUGGUGGCGUGUUCCUCUGUCUGGCAGCGUCGCUCUGAUUCCCUCUGCCCUCCCGUUCUCCCUUGCUGGAGUGCAUUCCUUGGUCCUGCCAGGCCCUGGGAUGAAGGUGCAGCCCGGGAGAAGAGCUGCCGGCGGGCUCACGGCGACAGCAAAGGAAACGCUCAGCAGUCUGGCCCCGAAUCAGGAAAAAGGCUCCAAAAUGAUCCUUCAUUGACGGUAACAACAAAAAGUAAACAAGUGACCUCUGCCAGCCCUUCUCAGUUUGCACCGAGCCAAGAGCGGGUCUGUAACAAAACCUGUCUCCACGCAAGCACACGGGCCUGUCCUGCUGCUAAGUGUCCGUGAGGCCGCACGUCCAAGAAUGUGAAAGCCCACCACGAGCCACAGCCAGUGAGGGGAACAACCCAUCUGUGCCCCAGGAGCAGGAGACGGGAACCCAUCCCUUACAUAACUUGUUUUUGAGUCGAACUGUACGUACACGUGUUUUCCUCUCUGGGAGAUCCUGGAUCCAUCUCCAGCGCCGGCCGGAGGGGCAGCCGUCCAUCCCACUGCUCUGGCCAGCCCCUGUUGCACACAUGGCAAGGCUUCUCCUGGCCAUGUCCCUGAACUCUGUGUGACACCAGCGGCCACACACGCGGCUCCGGCUGACCGGGAACGGCCUGGGGAGAUGUGGAUGUUCUGCUGAGGUGGCCACCAAGGUCUCUGGGUUUGAGAAGUAGCUGAGUACGAGCACACGUUGAUAUUGGUUGGAGCAAAUGCAUAUGUACACACACACUCUGCUCUGUGUGUAUGUAUCGAGAGAGAGAGUGAUGGUACUACCUCGGACAGCCAGGCCAGUAUCUGUCUAAUUGCAGCCAGCAGCUCUAUCCCCAGUUUUUGAAAGGAGAGAGGGAAUUGAGUCCAGAAAAUAUUAUUGUCACCUCCUGACGUGCGAGCGACCAUUCCCAGUGUGUGCCCAGUGACAGGGCACUGCCCUGUGCCUGCCCUGACUGGAAGCAGCGCUGCAGAGGUGUCCCCUCGGGGAGGGGACAGUCACCAGUCACAGCAGUUUUUGUCCUUGCCCCUAGCAAUGAGUGAAGGACUGGUGUUCCCUUCCUUGGCUCUUGGUGAGUGUUUGUGAUCACAGGUUGAGGUGGUUGCUGGGUUCAUGUGCAAUGGCCUUGAGAUGCUGGUGGGGGUCAGGGGGGGUCACCGGGGCAGACUUUGUUCUCCAUUUGUGCUCACGCAUCCUAACGACCAUUUAGUUGUGGAAUUAGUGCCGUUAUUUCAUUUAAGACUGAAGGAGAGACUUCAGGCUGUAACUUGCCCUGACAUCCCACAGUCCUUGAGAUUUCCACGACUGUUUCGUGGAGGGAGAAAAGCGUUCGAUGUGUUUCUCUUCUGUCUCGGUGGUGCAAUGAAAGGAAAACUAUGAAAUAUGUAUCUGCUAAAUACCAACUUGAUCAAAAGAAACCCCACUUGUGAAAUGUACUGUAUAACCAAGGGUUUGUCACCGAUCCCACGGCAGGGCCUGAGCACGAGGCAGGGGCUGAGGGGGUGUAGGUGUUUCUCUCCAGGGAUGUGGGCUCACUACAGACUGUGCUCGGGGCACUUCCCCCCAUAAGUAGCCAGGAGCAGCUUUGCUAAUUCAGAAAUCAGGCUCUGUUUAUAUUAAGCCCAAAUUGUUUGCAAAAACUGGAAGCAAUUCAGCUUGUGCAGUUUUAGAGCUAAUUAUGUGUAUGGAAAAUACUCAACUGUACCAAGAAUGUAAGAAAUCUUCUAAUUUAUUCAAUACAUUGUUUCACAACAUAUUUCACACUGACUGUUGCCACUGAACCAAACCUUAUCUCAGGUCAUUUGCAUUCAUCUCCUGUCUGUGGAUUAAAAAAAAAAAUAAAAUUAAAGUCAUUCUCAUUUUCUUAGUUUAUUCAGUAAUUGCCAGAUGGGUUCUGGUGCAGCAAUGCAGACUCCACGCACUAAACUUUUCCAGUUGCUAUUUACAAAGCCUUUUGCAGACAGAACCCGCUGAGGACAGCCAGUGAAAGGCUCUUCACUCCAGUUUAAUAAGGUAACUAAUACGGCUCGGCUCUGAAAGUGGAAUGGUUUAAGGUUUUAUCACCAGUGAUUUUUUUUGGCUCAUGCUGGUUAACCCCAAUGCCUGAGCUAAAGGUGCUUACACAACUCACUCGUUGGGAUGGGAGUGGGAACCAAUCCUGCACUACUAUCAGUGAUUUAUCUGUAGGAUGCCAACUAAACACCAGUUUUAUUUCAUCUGCCAAUCAUUUUGUUGUAGCAUGUUGCAAUUCUGCAUGUCUUGGCUACAAUGGUUAAAAAAUUUUUUCUCUGAAUGAGUGGACAGUCAAGACUAAUAUUUAUUUUAAAAAAGUAAAACUAAAUUGUAAGCACUUUUUUGUAAAACCAAUGUCUGUUUUGUUACAUACUUUUAAUGUUGUGCUUUGUAAAUGUCUUAUUUGUGUAAUAAAUAAAGUUAAUGCAAGUAGAA